CGCUGAGUUGGGUCUCUCUCUUCCUCUUUCUCUCUGGUUUCUCUAGACACGGCGGCGGUCAGACCAAAGAUAAUUAUGGGUCCCCUUCUCAUUUGACAUGACCCAAAGAUGAUUUGGACACGUGAAAGAGUACCCCCUGUCGGCACAAAUAACAAUAAGUUGUCUACUCUGACGUUGGUUGAAGGAAGGCGUUGCUGACGCGAACGAGUGGAAAGGGAAAAUGGCGGACCUCGAAGACGUUAAACUGGACGGGAGGCCGCUACAAUCACUUCGCGUGGCGGAUUUGAAAGCUGCUUUAGAGGAGCGCGGACUUCCUAAAAGCGGACAGAAAAAUACUCUCGUUAAGAGACUCAAAGGGGCUCUCAUGCUGGAGAACCUCCAGAGAACCUCACACCAUCACAUAGGACUGCAGCCAAACUCCCAGAUUGGUGAAGAGAUGAGCCAGAACAGCUUCAUAAAGCAGUAUUUGGCAAAACAGCAGGAGCUCUUGAGGCAGCGUCUGGAGAGAGAGGCCCGGGAAGCAGUUGAAGAUGAUGAUACAGACAAAGAGGACCACACACAGGACAAUAACAGCGCUGCCUGUGCUGCCCCAGACCAGGAUGUCGCACCCAUGUUGGUUGACCAGCACAAACUUUUUGGCCUCUCCGAGGGAAAGGGACUAGCAGGCCCAGCAAGAGAGGGAGAGGGGCACAUGUCCAGAGACGGCCAUGUGUCUCCUCCACCUGCCCCUACCUCUGCUGCUGUUUCCUCUCUGGCUUUGCGUGUAGCUGUUGACGAGCAGAGAUCAGAGAGAGUCCCAACCUCUAGUCAAGUCCCAGCAGCUAGUGACGAUGACGGCGCUGAUGAGGGCUGGGAUAGCGGUGCCAGGAGGAGGAAUCUAGGAGAGCCACCAAGAGGCCAACUAGCAAGAGCAAGGUCUGGAGGAUCCCGCCAACACCCACAGCACAUUCCCCCCCUAUUGUCUCCGCAGCUUCGACAGCCUACCCCUCCUCCAUCCCCUCCCCCAGAGUUAUCAUUCCCACUGCCUGAUACCCCUAAACAAAGCCCCCCUAGUCCAGGUGAGCCCCCAGCUAGGCAGCGUACUUCCAGUACCUCCAGCUCUGGCUCCUCUAGCAGUGGCAGUUGUAGUAGCAGCCCAGAUCCACAAAGCAACACAGAGCGCAAGCCUGGUCCACUGACCCUGCUGGCACGUAAAAUGGCAUCAGAGGGGGCUUUCUCUGGAGUUGGGUGGCAUGGGCGUGGGGAUGCAGAGAGGCAGGACAACAAUGCUGCAACUGCAACAAUGUCUUCUGGUAGAGGUCCUCAAGAGGGCACAGUGUCUGCCAUCACCCACACAACCAAUGCUGCAGCCAGUUUGCCCUUCCCCAGACUGGUUCCAGUAACAAACCAGGGAGCUCUUGGAUGCCAUCUCCCCCACAGUGAAGUUCCUGUGAGUGUGCUUAGGCCCACUAUUAUGGAAGAGAGAGAUGCUGCAUGGCCGCAAGAAAACAACAAGGAAAAGGAGCUGCAGGCAGAGAGUGAAAGAGAAAAAUCCACUGAGCAAGAGCGACUUGGUGCCGUGGAGCAGGAAAGACUGGAGAGCCAGAGAAUAUUUGAGCAACAGCAUGCUGUGGAGCAAGAGAGGGAAAGAGCUUUGGAGCAAGAGAGGAAGGAGAGAGAGAAAGCUUUGGCGCGAGAGCGGAAGGAGAGGGAGAAGGCUUUGGAGCGAGAGAAAGCUUUGGAGCAAGAAAGGAAGGAGCGGGCUUUGGCGCGAGAGAGGGCGCAAGCUCUUGAACGAGAAGAGGAGGAAAGAGAGAAAGCUUUGGCAAAAGAGAGGGAAGAGCGAGAGAAAGCUAUGCAAUUAGAAACGCAGAGAGCCAUGGAGCGAGCUUUGGAGCAGGAGAGAGAGAAGGAGAAAGCUUUGGAGAGGAAGGAGAAGGCUUUGGAGAGCGAGAGGAAGGAGAAGGUUUUGGAGGAGGAGAAGGCUUUGGAGAGA